AUGUAUGAUUCGUUACAUGAUAAGCAAAUAAAUCCUCUUUUCGAGAAAUUAAUACUCGAAUUGUUGAAAGUAUAACCUGAAAAUUUUAUUGAUUUUUCAAUUAAUUGGCUAAAAUAAAAUGGUUAAAGUUUUACUCAUUCUCACUAAAAUUCUCACCAUAAUGAAAAAAAUCAUGACCAUAAUCAUGCUCAUCAUAAAAAAUAGCAUGCAGGAGUUCACUCAGAUAGUGAAGAUGAAGAUGAUGAAGUAAAUGAUUUUGAUUAACAAGAAUUUUAAAUGAAGCUUUUGUCAAAAUAAACUUAUGUACCAAAAGUAAUACCUAAAGAUCAAGAUUAAAAAGAAAGAAUUGAAAAAAGACUGAUGUAAGCAUUUAUGUUUUCUUCUUUAGAUGAAAGAGAAAGAGAAAUAGUUGUUAAUGCUAUGCAAGAAGUUAAAUUUGCUCAAGGAGAUUGGAUAAUAAAAUAAGGAGAAGAUGGUGAAGUAUUAUAUGUAAUAGAUUAAGGAGAAUUAGAUUGCUUUAAAAGAUUUACAAAAGACGGAGAAAAUAAAUACCUUAAGACUUACUAACCAGGAGAAGCAUUUGGCGAGCUUGCUUUACUUUAUAAUGCUCCUAGAGCGGCAUCAAUUUAAGCUAAAACAUAAUCUAUUUUAUUUUCUUUAGAUAGAGAAUGCUUUAAUAAUAUUGUUAAAGAUUCUGCAAUUAAAAAAAGAGAAAGAUUCGAAUAAACACUUAAAAACGUAGAAUUAUUAGACUCUAUGGAUCCUUAUGAAAGAAUUCAUUUAUGUGAUGGUAUGAAAGAUAUUAAAAUAUAAAAAAGGAGAAUAUGUUAUUAAAGAAAAAGAGGAACUAAUUUCUAUAUGAUAGAAGAAGGAGAACUUAUAGCAACCAAAAAAGAUUAAAAUGGAGAUUAAAAAACAGUCUAUGAAUAUAAAGAAGGAGAUUAUUUUGGUGAAUUAGCUUUAGUUAAAAAUAUACCUAGAUAAGCUAAUGUUAUAGCAGUGACGGAUGUAAAUUUAGUUUAUUUAGAUUUUGAUACAUUCAAACGUUUAAUGGGACCUAUAGAAAAUAUAUUAAAAAGAAACGAAGAAAAAUAUGCAAAAUAUAACUAAGAAAAUUUAGAUAAUUUAGAUAAUUAGAUUUGA